AUGCCGAGAAAACAGAUAACAAAACGAACGACCACUACUAAUAUUGACGAUGAUACUGAAGAACAGAGAGACGAUUUCAGUGAGUUUCCCAAUCCACCGUCCGAUGAAAUCUCGACGAGAAUUGCGUCGAUUGAAGAAGAAGUUAAUCGUCGAUUCGAAGAAAUUGAACGUGAACUUGACAAUUUAAAAAUUCAAUACGAAAAAAGCCAAGAACACGAGAGUAAAGAUGAUGAACGUUUCCUCAAAGUUUGUCACGCUCUUGAUUAUGUUCUCGAACGUAUGGAUUACAAUUAUGACACAUUAGCAUGUCGAGAAAUGAUUUUAACUUUACUCGGCCAAAAAACAUCCCGUCCAUUCUCUGGACGGACAAUUCGGAAUCGAUUAUUACGUCGACGAAUACAGAGAUGGUGUUUAGGUGUUGUUUUGAUACUUUUCCUCAUGGCUUGUAUGUCAUUGUAUGGUCUACAUCGAAAUUGGUACUAUCUAUUGGUAGUGAUAUGCUUGUUAGGAUCAUUACUAUCGUCAAUUGGCCUUCGACGAAUUUAUAAGAUUAUCGAAACUGUUUGGUGA